AUGGGGGAGACUUGGAGAAGAGUCAGAAAAAGACCGAUAUAUGAGCGAGUAUCUUUCCUGGACAGCGCGGGACCUGGAAUUCCCUCAGGAACUGAAAAACUGGACAAAAUGGACUCACCACGUAUGAUUAAAAGCCAUCUCCAGGCACAGGUUCUUCCAAAGAGCUUCUGGGAAAAGAACUGCAAGAUUAUCUACGUGGCUAGGAAUGCAAAGGAUGUAGCGGUAUCGUACUAUCACUACCAACGAAUGGCCUAUGCACACCCAGAGCCUGGGACAUGGGAUGAAUAUAUAAAUACCUUCAUGGAGGGCAAUGUUGCUUUUGGAUCAUGGGCCAAACAUGUGAAGGGCUGGUGGGAGAUGAGGAAAAAACACAAGUUCUUGUACUUGUUCUACGAGGACAUGUUGGAGGACCCAAAACGUGAGAUCCGAAAGGUGAUGACGUUCAUGAAUCAGGAACUUCCUGAAGAGAUUGUUGAAAAAAUACAAAAGAACACUACCUUCCAGGUUAUGAAGGACAACCCCAUGGUCAAUUUUAGUACCUUCCCAUUCAUUGAUCACUCAAUAUCCCUGUUUAUGAGGAAAGGAAUUCUUGGUGACUGGAAGAACCAAUUCACCGUAGCCCAAAACGAGAUAUUUGACAAAUAUUACCAGCGGGAAAUGUCUGACACGGAUCUCACCUUCCGUAUGUAA